AUGGCACUCAAUUCCAAUCCUGUCUUUGAGACAGUUCCUCCUCCUUUACUUUUGAAAUUUACUUUGAAUCCAUCCAAAAAGGAUGAAUAUUCAUUAGAGACGAAUAGCACCACCACCACUCAUGGUCACCUCUUCCAACAGCACCACCACCAUCCCGAUCGCAACAACAAGUAUCAUCAUCCUUCCACUACUGGAGUUGUGAUGAAAAAACAGACAGCACUACCACUUCCACCUGAACCACCACUUCCACCAACUACUACUACUACCACACGCAAUAAGGCCAAGAAGAGAACUCUUGACAUGGAUGAAUCAAUGAUGGUGAGGAGUGAGAUCCAUGAGAACAUGAUUGAUGAAAUGCAUCAUCAUCAUUACAAAAAGAAGAUGGAUCGAAUUGUGAACUUGCUGAGAUUGAACAAGGAUGAAGAGAAUUGCAAAUUGCACCACCACGACACACUCAAGAAUGAUUCUGUUGGAUCACCACACUGCAACAGUACUACUACUGCCUUGUCAUGUCCAUCUUCUAAAUCAUCACGAAUUAUAACAACAACUCCACCACUCUCCUCCUCACAACAUCAUCAUCAUGCGGAGAAUGAAAUGUAUUCUCCGGUAUUGCCAUCACCAAAUUUACCUUCUUCUUUCGAACAUGAUUUACCAACCUGUUAUUCACCUUCAUCCUCUUCCUCACCUUCUUCUACAACAACACCAAAUUCUAAUUUCUCACUCACUUCUCAUACUUCAACCACACCUUAUUCAACAACAACAACAACAACCACAUGUGGUACCACGCAUCAUCAUCAUCCUUCUCAACACUAUUCUGAAGAUUUCUUAAGUGAUACAUUCAAUAGUUGGAUGGAUUGUUUUGAAAAGAACAAACAACAAUUAGAAAGGCUCAAUAAGCUCAAUAAAUAA